AUGGCGAGCGUCGCCAAAAAGCCUCCGGCAUCAUCAGGCCGUGAAACGCCGACCGGCACACCGCACCGACCGACCGCUGGUAGAGCAGCCUCGUCACCGACUGCAUCGUCCACAGCUACCGCUGCCCCUGGCAUAGCUCGCACAACCCGUUCUGGCCGUCCCAGCACUCCUGUUUCUGCCCGUCAGUCCAUCCAUCAGCGUCGCGAAUCCAUGUUGGGCCUUAAUGGCGCGUCCGUCAACGGCAAACUGGCCAACUCGAGUGACCUUGAGCGCGAAGAGGCCAUCCGUGCCGAAAGUAUGGCAAUCAUAGACGAUCUCAAGGAGCGCCUGGCCCAGGCCGAGUCGCAGUCCGAGCAGUACAAGCGCCAGGUCGAGGUACUGCAAAGCAAGCUGGACGACGCACUGAAAGAGCAGGCCAAACUGGAGGAGCGCCUGCACGAGAGCGAGGAGCAGAUCGAGGUGCUCAAGAACGAAAAGCGCGAGGCCGCCCGCCAGAUCCGCGAGAUGGAGAAUAUCUACGAGGCCGAGCGCAGUGCCAUGAUGAAGGAGAAGGAGGAAAUGGCCAGCCGCGAGGAGGAGAUGCAAGCUGUCAUCCAGAGGCUCAAGGACAGCCUUGCUCAGAGGAACUCGGACGAAGACAGACCCUCGAGGCAAUGUGUCGACAGCGGCAACUUCGCUCCUCCCUCGUCCAUUCAUCGUAGCGACUCGCGCAACAACUCUAAGCUCCUGCUGCAAAAGGACAAGGUGAUCGAGCAGUUGCGGCUCGAGCUGGCCGAGACACAGCUUAAGCUGGUCGAAGCGCAGAACCAAGACGGCGGUCGUCUGGCCGAGGUCGAGCGCCAGCUUAUGGAGGCUCGCAUCGCCAACGCUAGGCUGAUGGAAGACAAUGAGAGCUACCAGCUGCUGCUCCAAGAGCGCACCAUGAAGGGCGAUUUCGCCCCGACUGGUUUCAGCAGCUACUCGAGUAGCGGCGCAUCCGCCAACCAAGACGCCCUGGCCGCUCUUGAGGGCAGGAGAAACGAAGGCACCAGUCUCGCCGACGAGCUGAACGCAGCCGAUGUCGAGGCUGAAGCCGAGGCAGCGCGCCGUCUAGAGGCUGAGCUGAAGUCGGUUAAGGACCAGAACAAGGCUCUGACCCUCUACAUCAACGAGAUUAUCGAGCGCCUGCUGCAGAGCCAGGGCUUCGAACACAUCCUGGAGCAAGACCCCGUCGGCGACAAGGAGCAGCAGCAGCAGCAGCAGCAGCUCAACACCAACAAGGAGCUUCCUCCCCCUCCUCCCAAGCCGCUACCUCAGCAACCUCUUCAGCCAUCCCUCCUCCAGCGCGCAAAGACUAUGUCUAUCCCCAGCCCCCUGACUAACUUCACCACCAAGCCCAAGCCGCGCCCCGUUACCACCAUCCUCACCUCCAACCAGUCCAGCCCCACCGCCCUGGCCAUCAGCAACCCCGAGACCGCCCCCAGCAUCCCCAUCGGCCUGGCCCGCUCGACCAGCGCUCGUCGCCCCCGCCCCAUGAGCGAGCAAUUCACCGGCGCCGCAUCCAUCGUCAAUGCCAUGUACAAGCCCUCUCCGGAGCACACCUCGGGCGGCCCGCUCUCCCCUGCCUCCUUCCGCUCCAGCGGCACGUUCUUCCCCAUCCCGGGCAGCCGGCGCGCAAGCGGUGGCGGGUUCCCCAUCGCCGUGGGCGGCAGCAGCAGCGUGCGCUCGUCGGAGACGAGCUCCAUUACUAGUAAGGGCGAUGAUCGCGAGAGUGUGACGACAGGUACCGGGGAUACCCCCGCCAGCGGUAGUCCGCCUAGGACGCAUCGCGAGAGGGAGGCGACUACGUUCACUGGGAAUAAGCCUAGGCCGCUUAGGCUCGUGCAAGAGACGAAUGCGGAGAAGGAGGCACAGAAUAAGAGGCAGAGUUGGGUUGGUUGGGUGGGGAGUGCGUUUGGGAGGAGAAAUACCGCCGAGGAGUAA